AUGGAUCCUUGCUCCAAGCUUGAGUUUUUCACCGUCGUUGUUCUGUUCCGGAAUCCGAAACUCAUCGAUAUCAAGCUUCCAUGGCCUUGUUCAGUGCGACGUCGUUUUUCGAUUCGAGUGCGGACAAGCGAUUCCCUCCGGCAGUCUCCACCGGAAUUGAGUGCGGAUUCAUGUCCAUGGUUUGAUACAAUUAUAGAGAGUUUGUGUGAAGGAAGUACUCUCAUUGGACCAAAGGGUCUCAGAACUUUUGUUGAUUUCAAGGAAUUCAAUGUAGAGGCUCUAGAGAAGUUCCUUGAAGAAUCUAGCUCGGCAGUUGUUACAGAAUUCAACAAUGACCCAGACAACCACCCUUUUGUUAUCAAGUUCUUCAAUGGUCCAAAUGAUAAGGCUAUGUUGUUUCUGAACUUCAGCAGUGAUGUUGCUGAUGCUUUUAAAUCAAAGUAUCGUGAAGUAGCUGAGAAAUACAAAGGAGAGGGCAUAAGCUUUUUAGUUGGAGAUCUAGAGGCUAGUCAAGGUGCCUUCCAGUACUUUGGACUUAAAGAAGAGCAAGUGCCUCUCAUCAUCAUACAGACCAAUGACGGACAAAAGUUUUUGAAACCACAUUUGGAGCCAGAUCAUAUUUCAGUUUGGGUGAAGGAAUACAAGGAUGGGAAAGUAUCACCAUACAAGAAGUCUGAACCCAUCCCUGAGAAGAACGAUGACCCUGUUAAAGUUGUAGUCGCUGAGAGCCUCCAGGACAUUGUUUUCAAGUCUGGGAAAAAUGUGAUGCUCUAGUUUUAUGCUCCAUGGUGUGGACACUGC